CGCCCGUACAGAACCCAAGACACUGCAGCCAAGAGAACUAAAACACUGCACAGAAAAAGAGACGCUUCUUCGAGAGAAAUCGAGAAAACCGAGCGAUUGCUAUCACGAUGUCCAAGCCAAAGGUCCUCAUGGUGCUAUCAAGCCAUCCCUCCUACGAGAAGGACGGCGCACAGCAGCCCACAGGGUGGUACUUACCUGAAUUUGCGCAUCCAUACCACGAGGUUUCGCCCUACGCGGACAUUGUUGUCGCGUCUCCCAAGGGCGGCGAAGCCCCGCUCGACCCGUCCUCGGUGGAAAUGUUCAAGGAGGAUCCGCAGAGCGCGGAGUUUUUGAAGACGAAGUCGGACCUGUGGAAGAACACGGCGAAGCUGAGCGACUUCAAGGGCAAGGCAAACGAGUUCGCGGCCAUCUUCUUCGUGGGCGGCCACGGACCCAUGUUCGACCUCGCGCACAACGAGACCUCUCACGAGGUCAUCCGCGAGUUCUGGGAAAGCGGCAAGGUCGUCUCCGCUGUCUGCCACGGACCCAUUGCGCUUGCAAACGUCAAACUCAGCGACGGCUCGUACUUGGUGGACGGCUCGCCGGUCACAGGCUUCACGAACAACGAAGAGAGCCAGGUGGGACUCACUAAGUACAUGCCCUUCUUGCUCGAAGAUGUGUUGAAGAAGAAUGGUGGAAAAUUCGAAGCUGCUGGCCCAUGGGCUGCGAAGGUGGUUGUGGGCAAGGAUGGGCGAUUAUUGACGGGACAGAAUCCCGCGUCUGCUUCUCCUAUUGGAAAGGCCAUAGUCAAAGCUAUUGGCGCUUGAGCGUUGUGAGCGUUUAUACGACAGGAGUUUGAAUGUGCAGGUCGCACAUGUUACCCUGAAACCAUUGUAUGAAGUCAAUCUUACGCUGGAAUAUCAUGAUUUUGAUGCCGAGAAAUGUUUACUCCAAAUCGAUUGCAAAACUGAAUGCGCUUGUACGACAGGCCCUUGGCACAGUCAAGCGCAGGAUCCUGAUCAUAAGUUGUGACCAUCUUCUUCAUGUAGCAUAGCUUAUUGAAUAUGUAGAAUAGAAAACCUGCCACCAGUGCAACAUAAUUCAGAAGCAUCUACGAUUCUUGGUCGAAGUCUAGCUAUCACCUGGAUGAUAAAAUUCUAAUGCCAAACUGAGGAUCGAGCAGAGAAAAUAAGCGACAGCCGAG